AAUGGUGGUACCUCUGGUGGUACCUUUUGACUUGCCGGUAACUUGUUUUUGCUCAUGCGUUAAAAGCGUCAUUUUUGGCUUAAAUAUUUUUAUCAAUCAUUAUAAUCUCUAGAAUUUUAUCGAUUUAUACUGUUAGAUUUCGGAAUAGUCUCCGACUUGUAAGGGGCUUAGAAAUCCAAUUGAAAACAGUUGAAAACUGCCUAACCUAUAUUACACACUGGCCGUGGAUUCUUCUGGAAGUUUCGGGAAUAUAAUGUUCUGAAAGCAUUUUUUACAAAAUGCUGGGAUUAAUUGUGUCCAGCCGUUUGGUUCAAACGAACUUCCAACAAGUUUCCGAAAACCAGUUUCUGAUCACAGUUCCAGAUGCCGACAAUAUCAACCAUAUUGUCGUUUUCCUCACGGGGACGAUUCCCUUUGCGGAAGGAAUGGGGGGAGCAGUUUACUACAGUUGGCCAGAUCCAAACGCGCCUCCAAACUGGCAAUUUCUAGGAUAUAUUUCCAAUUCCAAACCAUCAGCUAUUUUCAAGAUAUCUAACUUAAAGAGAAAUCAUGAAUUUGAGAACCAAAAUCUUGAUAUUUUCGGCAUGAAUAAAAUAUCUCAUGUUGCUCAAGUUGGAGUUUCUGUGGAGCCUUUAGCAGUUCUUGAACAACAAGCUGCCAUGGUUUCAGCUGCAGCAACCAAUUCUUUCGUAGAAUUCGCUCAGAAAAUGCUCUCAAAUUUUUUAAAUUACAUUUCUAGUUUCUCAGUAACUCAGAGCCAAAUGACACCAAAUCCGACCGAAAAUUUCGUUCCUCUUUCGAGAGUUCAAGCGUGGUACGAGACUUUUGAGAGGAGAUUAGCACAGAAUCCAAAUUUUUGGAAAACAUGAUGGACGUAAAAUGGAUCUCAAACAUAAGCCAGUUUCUUUCGAUCUGAUGGAUAGGAUACAAUUUCAGAUGUGAAAGACAUUUGAGAUAUUUUGGAAGUCAGAUUGAGAUAACUGAACUAUCUAAUUUUCCUUAAGUGAUUAUUGUGUGACUAUUUUGAGUGAAUGUAGAUUUGAGAAAAUGUUUUUGAAUAAUUUUCUCAUGAAUUUCUAAUAUCCCUGCAAAUUUAUAAAUGUGAGCUCGCAUUUUUACGAAAAUUUAAACCAAUUUUUUUAUUAAGACUAUUUACGAACUCAUUUAGAUUAGUGAGAUUGCGAAUUAGUAAUCUUAAUCAAGAAGUAAUAAAGGAAGAUCAAAAUUUUAGCAAGAAAUGUCUUUUUUUAACUUGGUUUUGGAAUAAAAAAUUUGAAAUAAAAAAUUGUUUAUUUCUAUGUAUUGAGGUAAGUUGCGGAGUAAGCAGGUCAAACGUGAGCGAUCCAUUUUUGUUUUUUGAUAAGAAAUUGAGAUGUGUUUAUGUAUAUUUGGAAUAUAAUCAAUCUUGAGUUUGUCAAAAAAA